AUGGCCGACCGAUACUCGUUCUCCCUCACCACCUUCUCGCCCAGCGGAAAGCUGGUCCAGAUCGAAUAUGCGCUCAACGCAGUCAACCAGGGUGUAACAUCACUCGGCAUCAAGGCUGCCAACGGCAUCGUCCUCGCCACCGAAAAGAAGUCCUCCACACCGCUCAUCGACGCCGGCUCAUCAUCCAAGGUCUCGCUCGUCACACCCAACAUCGGCAUGGUCUACUCCGGCAUGGGUCCAGACUACCGCGUGCUGGUCGACAAGGCGCGCAAAGUCAGCCACACAGGCUACAAGCGGAUAUACAACGAGUACCCACCCACACGGAUAUUGGUCCAAGACGUGGCGCGAGUCAUGCAAGAGGCGACACAGAGUGGAGGUGUGCGGCCGUACGGCGUGAGCUUGUUGAUUGCAGGCUGGGACGAGGGCAUCGAGCCAGAGCAUGAGGCGAAGCAGGUAGCAGAAGGUAUGGAGCUAGACACCGAGAAGAAGAAGAAGACCAGCAAGACAGGUGGCGUGCUCAAGGGCGGACCUAGACUGUACCAGGUCGACCCAAGCGGCAGCUACUUCCCGUGGAAGGCCACAGCUAUCGGCAAGAGCGCGACGAGUGCGAAGACGUUCCUGGAGAAGCGGUAUACGGAGGGUCUAGAGCUGGAAGACGCAGUUCACAUUGCGCUUCUGACGCUGAAAGAGACGAUUGAAGGUGAAAUGAACGGAGACACCGUCGAGAUUGGCAUCGUCGGACCACCAGCAAACGAGCUUUUAGGCUACGAAGGUGUUGAAGGCGCCGUUGGCCCAAGGUUCCGGAAGCUAAGCCCUCAGGAAAUUGAGGAUUACCUCACCAACUUGUAG